AUGCCGGAUCAUGAUGUGGUCUCUUGGAUCUCGCUCAUGUAUGCCAAGAACACGUUUAAUUGGGUGUUGUUUCACGAUCUUGUCUCGCAGAUCUCGAUGCUCAUUGGAUAUGUGGCGGUAUUCUGGAUCCGCAACUGCCAGGCUAUCUUGCUGCCUGGUGUCUCUGAGGCCGUGACAUGGAACUCUAAUUAUCACAACACUUGGCAAGUCGAGGCAGUGAAAUCGACCUUUGAUCGAAUGCCAAGGAUCUCGUGUCAUGGACAAAUCUACUACUGUGCUACGUUCAGAAUGGAUUCCUCGAAGAAUUGGGCAUUCCGUCAUCUUCCCUUCACUAAUGCAGUGCAAAUUGGGCAUUUUGAUGAGGCCAUGAGCUCCCAUGUCAUGCCUCCAAGCCCCCGGGCCUUUCCAAUCCUCGGCCACAUUCCACUCCUGGCCAGCAAUUCCCGCGGGCCGCAUCUCAUCCUCUUCGAUCUCGCCAAGAAGCUCGGCCCGAUCUUCUACCUCCGCCUGGGCUACACCCCCACGCUCGUCAUCUCCUCAGCCAAGAUCGCCCAAGAGAUCCUCAAGACACACGACAGGAUCUUCUCCUCGCGGCCAUCGCUCACGUUUGCCGAGGCGAUCCUCCCAGACGAUCUCAUCUUCGCGCGCUAUGGCGCGAGAUGGAGGGAGCUCCGCAAGAUCUGCACGCUCGAGCUCUUCACCGCGCGCCGCGUGGGGAGCUUUGCGGCAGUGAGGCAAGCGGAGAUGGAGAAGUUCCUGGCGAUGCUCUCCCAGAAUCUGAGAAGAACGGUGAACAUGACCCAGGAGCUCAGCGUCCUCACCUUGGAGAUCAUGCAAACGCUCGUGUUUGGGACGAGCCGGACCUUCGGUGCCAACGAUUUCCUCCGCUUGGCCCACCAGGCGAACGAGCUGGGAGGGAGGCUACACAUCGGCGAUUACAUCCCAUGGCUUAAAUGGAUGGAUCUCUCGCUGCCCAAGCUGAGAACCUUAGCAACCAAAUUCCAUGCCUUGCUUCAAGCACACAUUGAAGAGCACCGAUCCUCUAUAGCCAAGCAAGGACAUGGCGGCGAGAGCUUCCUGGACGUCUUGCUCUCGCUCGACAACAUGUCAGAUCUUACCAUCCGGUGCCUCAUGCUGGAUGCUGUGAGUGCAGGGCUGGACACGACUGCCACAGCGAUAGAAUGGGCUCUCGCAGAGCUACUUCUUCAUCCACAAAUCUUGGCAAAAGCUCAGAAGGAAUUGGACGACGUGAUCCCUGCUAGUAGCGCCAUGGUGAGCGAGGCCGACAUUCCCAAGCUCAAGUACCUCGGCGCGAUUGUCAAGGAGACCCUGCGCAAGCACCCUCCGGCGCCACUCAUGGUUCCACGCGAAUCCACUACCGACUGUAAGCUUGAAGAAGCUGGCUACACGAUCCCAGCCAAGACCCAAGUGUUGAUCAACCUCUACGCCAUCGCCCGGGAUCCAAACAUCUGGGAGAACCCUCUGGAGUUCAUCCCAGAGAGCAUGAGCAGCGAAUUCAAUGCGGCCGUAGAACUUAUGACGUUUGGCUUUGGCCGGCGAUCCUGCCCGGGGAUGAACUUGGGGUUGGCUGCUGUUCAUCUCGUUCUUGCCAAUCUUCUCUACAGGUUCAACUGGACAACACCGGAUGGUAAAGAGGUGGACGUGGGAGAGUCGGGUUCACGCUCAUGCGUGCUCGUCCACUUGCAUUGGUUCCACUUCUCCGCAAGUAAUGAAACAUAUUGA